GUAACCGAUUUAGGAGGCAUCUGCAAACCAGUAAGUAGGUCGCACUCCUUGCAGGAAUAGAAACGCUGUUUUUUUUUCUUCUUCCGUUCUCCAUCAGGAUUCCCUCUUAAGGACGAUACUGCCAACGGUUCACUCAGUUUUUUCUUCGUCCUCCUUUCUGUCAUCACCUGUCUUUUUCACAACUCUGCUUUUUUUUUCUUCAGCAUCAUCUGUGUCUCCUCGUUCGCUCUCGCUCUCUCUUUCUCUCUCUCUCUCUCUCUCUCUCUCGUGGAGCCAAUGGUGGAAACGCAGCCUCCAAUGUAACUCAUUGGCCGUCACACCGCUUGAUGCGCUCCGUCCUCUCCCUUCUGCGCUAUUCUGCACUGCACUGCUUCUCUCUCUCCCCGCCCCCCCACUCUUCCUUUUUCUCCAACCUGCAUCCCUCUCGCACUUGAGUGCGUUCCUCAGCUCCGCGCCACUUGGGGGAAAUACCGUGCGCUCUGUGGAAACUAAUGCUUUUUGGGUUCCCCCAGCCUUUCCUCGGACUCCGUGGAUGUGUGUGGGCCUGAGGAGGGCUCCAGGGUACGGGGGGAGGAGCUGCUCAAGUGGGCGCAUCUUCUAGGCUUCUUCCAAGCCGUGGUCGUGGUUGAUGGUGGCGCCUGGAGGGUCAUGCCCUGGGACUUGUGCGCUUUACGGUGCUCGGAGUUGGAGAUCCUCUCCCCUUUCCGCGCCCCCCGGCGGGGCAAGCUUGAGCCCGGUGCCGGGGGAAGCUGAAGAGCAGGCACCAUGAACCAACUGGACGCGCCGCGGCCACUCAACUGGACCAUCAGGAAGCUGUGCCACGCAGCCUUCCUGCCGUCCGUACGCCUACUCAAGGCACAGAAGUCCUGGAUAGAGAGAGCGUUCAGCAAGAGGGAAUGUGUUCACAUCAUCGUGAGCGCCAAAGACCCCCAUAGGUGCUGUUGCGGCCGUUUGAUAGGCCAGCAUGUGGGUCUGCCUCCGGGCAUCUCAUCGAGUCAGAAUGAUAAGGCGGAACGGUUGGCCAAGAAUGGCGGUCUGUCUGAGAAGUGGUCCAUCAGCAAACACACCCAGCUCAGCCCCACCGACGCAUUCGGCACCAUCGAGUUCCAGGGCGGAGGACACUCCAACAAAGCCAUGUAUGUCCGAGUGUCUUACGACACCAAGCCCGACCUGCUGCUGCACCUGAUGACCAAGGAGUGGCAGCUGGAACUGCCCAAGCUGCUCAUCUCCGUCCACGGCGGGCUGCAGAACUUUGAACUGCAGCCAAAACUCAAGCAGGUGUUUGGCAAAGGGCUCAUAAAGGCCGCCAUGACAACCGGAGCCUGGAUCUUCACGGGAGGGGUGAACACAGGGGUCAUUCGCCAUGUCGGCGAUGCGCUCAAAGACCAUGCCUCCAAGUCUAGGGGAAAGAUCUGCACUAUUGGCAUUGCUCCCUGGGGCAUCGUUGAAAACCAAGAGGAUCUCGUUGGGAAAGAUGUGGUGCGGCCGUACCAAACCAUGUCCAACCCCAUGAGCAAGCUGACCGUUCUCAACAGUCUGCACUCGCACUUCAUCCUGGCGGACAACGGCACCACGGGGAAGUACGGGGCCGAGGUCAAACUGCGACGGCAGUUGGAGAAACACAUCUCCUUGCAGAAGAUCAACACGCGUAUAGGUCAGGGUGUGCCAGUGGUGGCUCUCAUUGUGGAAGGAGGGCCCAAUGUGAUCUCCAUAGUGCUGGAGUACCUCAGGGACACGCCCCCAGUCCCUGUGGUGGUGUGUGAUGGCAGCGGGAGAGCCUCAGACAUCUUGGCGUUUGGUCACAAAUACUCCGAAGAGGGAGGCAUAAUUAAUGAGUCUCUGCGAGACCAGUUGCUGGUGACCAUCCAGAAAACGUUCACCUACAGCCGCAGCCAGGCUCAACAUCUGUUCAUCAUUCUCAUGGAGUGCAUGAAGAAGAAAGAGCUGAUAACGGUCUUUCGGAUGGGGUCAGAGGGUCAUCAAGACAUCGACCUUGCCAUCCUCACUGCACUGCUUAAAGGUGCCAACGCUUCAGCUCCUGACCAGUUGAGUUUGGCUCUGGCGUGGAACCGAGUUGACAUCGCCCGCAGUCAGAUCUUCAUCUAUGGGCAGCAGUGGCCUGUCGGUUCCCUGGAGCAAGCCAUGUUGGACGCCUUGGUUCUGGACCGAGUGGACUUUGUCAAGUUGCUGAUUGAAAAUGGAGUCAGCAUGCACCGCUUCCUCACCUUGUCCAGGCUGGAGGAGCUCUACAACACGAGACACGGCCCGUCCAACACGCUCUACCACCUUGUCAGGGACGUCAAAAAGGGAAACCUGCCCCCAGACUACCGCAUCAGCCUCAUCGACAUCGGAUUGGUCAUUGAAUACCUCAUGGGCGGGGCUUAUCGUUGUAACUACACCAGGAAGAGAUUCAGGACUCUGUACCACAACCUUUUUGGACCAAAGAGGCCCAAAGCCUUGAAACUGCUGGGGAUGGAGGACGACAUGCCGAUUCGAAGGGGCCGCCAGAAAACCACGCGCAAGAGAGAGGAGGAGGUGGACAUCGAUCUGGACGACCCAGAAAUCAACCACUUCCCUUUCCCCUUCCACGAGCUGAUGGUGUGGGCCGUGCUGAUGAAGCGCCAGAAGAUGGCGCUGUUCUUCUGGCAGCACGGCGAAGAGGCCAUGGCCAAGGCCCUGGUCGCGUGCAAACUGUGCAAGGCCAUGGCCCACGAAGCGUCCGAGAAUGACAUGGUGGACGACAUCUCGCAGGAGCUCAACCACAACUCCAGAGAGUUUGGCCAGCUGGCAGUGGAACUUCUGGACCAGUCCUAUAAACAGGACGAGCAGAUGGCCAUGAAGCUCCUGACUUAUGAGCUGAAGAACUGGAGCAACGCCACCUGCCUGCAGCUGGCGGUAGCGGCCAAACAUCGAGAUUUCAUCGCGCACACCUGCAGCCAGAUGCUGCUGACCGACAUGUGGAUGGGACGACUGCGGAUGCGCAAGAACUCAGGACUGAAGGUGAUCUUGGGUCUGCUCUUGCCGCCGUCCAUCCUGAGCCUGGAGUUCAAGAACAAGGACGAGAUGUCCUACAUGCCCCAGGAUCAGGAGGCCUACUUGCAGGAGAAGGAGGAAGAGGAGCCGGAGAAACCAGUCAAGGAGAAAGAGGAGGAAGACAUGGAGUUCACAGUAAGGUCUUACUGUGAGGCGCAGUACAACUCCGUGGCGAUGCUGGGAAAGGUAACCACGGAGACAUCCAGGAAGAAGGACGUGGAGGAGGUUCAGAACCGCCACCGCCUGAUCCCCAUGGGACGCAAGAUCUACGAGUUUUACAACGCUCCCAUCGUCAAGUUCUGGUUCCAUACGAUGGCCUACGUGGGCUACCUGAUGUUGUUCAACUACAUUGUCCUGGUCAAGAUGGACCUGUGGCCCUCCACUCAGGAGUGGAUCGUCAUCGCGUACAUCUUCACCAACGGCAUUGAGAAGAUGAGAGAGAUCCUUAUGUCAGAGCCGGGAAAGUUGUUACAGAAGGUCAAGGUGUGGCUUCAGGAGUAUUGGAACAUCACAGACCUCAUGGCCAUCCUCAUAUUUUCUGUCGGCAUGGUUCUGCGUCUCCAGGAGCCUCCGCUCAUGAGCUAUGGACGGGUCAUCUAUUGCGUCAACAUCAUCUACUGGUACAUCCGGCUGCUCGACAUCUUUGGUGUCAACAAGUACCUGGGGCCCUAUGUCAUGAUGAUUGGCAAGAUGAUGAUCGACAUGAUGUACUUUGUCAUCAUCAUGUUGGUGGUGCUCAUGAGCUUCGGGGUGGCCCGGCAGGCCAUCCUCAACCCCAAUGAAGAUCCAUCUUGGAUGCUGGCAAGGAACAUCUUCUUCAUGCCUUACUGGAUGAUCUACGGAGAGGUCUUUGCGGACCAGAUUGACCAUAUGCGUAUUAGGAAGUUACAGCAAAGGCUGAAUGAGAAAAUCUGGCUGGCCGAAAAUUACUUGCGAACGUACGGAACCUGGCGUAGUAACUGUCCAUCCCACAGUGGCCAGUGCAGUCAGAAUCCCACGCCCUGCGGACAGAACAUCACCACCGAGGACGGGGUGGUGGCUUUGCCUCCGUGCAAGACGGGCGCCUGGAUUGUCCCCGCCAUCAUGGCGUGUUACCUGCUGGUGGCCAACAUCCUGCUUGUCAACCUACUCAUUGCUGUGUUCAACAACACCUUCUUCGAGGUGAAGUCCAUCUCCAACCAGGUUUGGAAGUUCCAGCGUUACCAGCUCAUCAUGACCUUCCACGAGCGCCCGGUCCUUCCCCCACCGCUCAUCAUCUUCAGUCACAUCACCAUGGUUCUCAAGCACUUGUGUUGUCGCUGGCGCAAGCACGACGACGACGAGAGGGACUAUGGACUCAAGCUUUUCAUCACGGAGGACGAGCUGAAGAAAGUCCACGACUUUGAGGAGCAGUGCAUCGAGGAGUAUUUCCGGGAGAAAGAUGACCGAUUCCACUCUUCUAACGACGAGAGGAUCCGAGUGACUUCUGAAAGGGUGGAGAACAUGGCCAUGCGUCUUGAGGAGGUCAACGAAAGAGAACACUUCAUGAAGGCCUCGCUGCAGACGGUCGACAUCCGCCUGGCGCAAAUGGAGGAGCUGAUCGGACGAAUCGCCGUGGCCUUGGAGCGCGUGACGGGCGUCGAGCGCGGGGAAGUCAACAAAGUCCGAUCCCGCACGUCGUCCGACUGCACGGACUCGGCGUACAUCCUCCGCCAAGGGGACUGUGCGGACGCCGCCUACAUCCUCCGGCAGAGCAGCUUCAACAGCACUGAGGGGAACGCGUACCGUUUGCAGGAGGCACUUGAAGGCACCGCCGAAGGCUCCAUGUCCCCGCCCUCCCCCACCGGCAUGGCGGCGCGGAGGAGGAGUCAUUCGUUUUACGGCGCAGGCGGCCGAGGAGGCGAACGCUGCAGUGGUGCCGAACGAGCCGAUAGCUUCUUCAAAGAACGCUCGCUCAGUCUGCAUCGAGCCAACAGCUCACAGUCCGUGUCAUCGGCAGCCGCCACCAAAGAGUCUAAGCCCCUCCCCCUGGCGACGUUGUCCGUCUCCCAGCAGCACCGCCCGUCGUCGUGUAUCGAUAUUUACGUGUCCACGUCUGAAGAGGUGGGGCCCGCGGAGGUUUUUCUCGAUCCUCUGCGCAUGGUCCCGCCGCUCCAAAGAGAGGCGUCGUUGCAUUCCGACGCCAUGGAGACGGUGCUGCCGGGAGGCCGGGACUUCAGCAGCGCCGCCGCCGGUUUGGGUGACAGGCACUCGGAGGGCGGCGCCGCCGGAGCCAUGUUUGACGACAGCGCGGCGGCGGAUUUGUCGCUGUGCUCGUCCCACCUGCUGCCGGACUCCGCCCUGGCCCCUUGGGACACGGAACCGUCGCCGCCGCCGUCCGCCGGGCCGCUCGAGCGCUCCAAGAGCAGCCGCCUCCUCUCCGCGGUGGGCACAUCUUUCCUGGAGGAGCCUCCUUUGGUCAAGUCGCACAGCCUCGUGUUCACGCCCAGAGGCUGUUACGGCGGACUGGGGGCGGGCGUCCAGGUGAAGGCGGCGGAGUACACCAGCAUCACCGACUGCAUCGACAUCCGCUGCGUGUCGUCGCCGUACACCCCCGUAGAACGCUCACACUCCCCCGGGGGGUCCACAUCCUUCCCCUUCGACAAGCCCUCGGACAUUAUCUCCUCCCACCCCGAGAGAGAGGCUGAGCUCAGUCACACCGAGUCCGACCCGGAGGACCUCGAGGAGUCCGACGCCCCUCGCCGGGGGACCCUCGGCGGGGCCCCUCUCUGCUCCCCCUACUCCAGGAUGGAGCGGGCCAACAGCUGCUCUUCGGACGACUCCCAUCCUUCGCUCACACCGGCCCCUCCGCACCGGAAGAGCCUGUCGGUGAGUGAGAGGAUGGAGAGGGGACCGGCUGGUCCGGGGGCAGACAGGGGGCCUGGCCCUGGUGGGCGGGGUCUGGCGGGAACCAGAAACCCCUUCCUCCGGAGCAAAACCGGGGCGCGACCUGACGCAGGCAAGACUGACAGCCUCUCCAUGAGGAAGCUGGCGGCUCCGUCGGCGUUUCGCAGCUUUGAUAGACAAAACUACACGUGACAACACACACACACACACACACACACACACACACACACACACGCUGCAAGAACCAGAGAAGAGGAGCGCAAAGGGAAAGGGGGGUUGGGGGGAUCUCUGCCCCUUAUAUCUCAAUCUGAACCAGGUGCUGGAGCUCGUGAGCGACUCCCUCCUGCACACCAAAAACCAAACAAAGAGCUACGAAUCUCGAUUCCGAUUCCAUCCCUUCUUCUCACGGACCUCCUUCACUCCCUUUCCAUGGAAGCCGCGCUCGAGCUGUAGGUCUUCCACCCUCCAUCUUGAAACGUGUCCUUGUCUCGCCCGGGCAAGAACGAAAACGAACGUAAGACAAAGACCAGGAAGUCCGUUUAACGGUAGACUGCAAAACAAUGUGAAGCGGAGCGACGUACAGUAGGGGAGGGAUUCAUACGGCCCUCGUUCCUGGGUUUAUCUCGCAUGAGGGGACUUUGCAAUGCAGUCUGCUGAAAAUGAUGGAAAAGCGCCACUCUACAUGGCAUAUGCCAGAAAACACCAUUUUCAAUUUUUUUUUAAAAAUUGUCACGUUUCAUGUGUCAGGUAAACCGUGACCAAUUGGGCCAUAUGGAUCCUCUUCCUACUGUAGCUGUUUUAUUGUCCAAUCACGAUGCACUAUGUAGUUGGCAUGGCAACCCCCUAACUGUCCAUCCCUGUUAUCCCCUGUAGGCACUGAUCAGCAUCCGUUUAACAAGGCAAUUAUGUGAACCGUUCCGUCGUCCAACACGAAUCUACGAAUCUCCGGUUGAAGCGCUCUGCAGUCAAAAGGUGACAACUUUAUGGCGCGUAAUGUGUCGAGUCAGCAAUCUGUGUGUCACAUGGCCACGUGGUAAGAGAGGAAAAACCAGACAUUGAAGCUGGGAAGUGGAAGACAACGUAAACGUAUUCAGUCACCAAAGAAUAAUUGUUGUUUCUUGUUCUGGCUCCUUAACAUUCAGGUUUUACUUUCACUUUCUUUUAUGGAUCUGUGGUCAAAUUGUCAUCCGUCAAAUUACUCCCACUACAGUCGUCCCUCGCACGAAUAUGAAGCAUAUUCUUUGUAUUUGUGGCCUAAAUUAAGAAUUUUAAAGCAAAAAUAAUGUCUGAACCAGGGAUGUCAGAGUGGACUUCUGCCGUAGCUCCGUCCAGCUGCUUCUCCGUCAAACACACCAUCAGCAGCUUGUCCUUAUUCUCACGGAUAAAUGUCCCCCGCUUCGAUAUUAUUUUAACGUCCCUGUCCCAGGGACGACUGUACCGCUUCUCGCUCGGUUCUGCCUUUCAAAAUAAAACGGCUCCGUCGGUACUGCGCUAAAGUCUGAGGUCACACACACGCCAUUUUAACGGGAGCAAUACAAAUUAUUCAGACAAAAGCAAUUUUCAUCAAAGAACCCUUAAAAGUCUGGUGAGGAUCAGGAUAAAGAUGCAGAUGCAGGAAGUUGAUACACCGUGCACUACGAAGAACUGUCCAGGGACUUGUUAUAUUUUAAUGAUGGGGGUGUCCUGAUCCGGCAUUGAUAUCUGAUAUAAAUCCAAUAUCAGCAACAACAACAAAAAACAAGUAUCGAAUGAUAUCAGCUUUCAUCUAAAAUUUCCAAUAUACCAGCAGUCCUGCAGUCCGUUUAGAAAGCUUGAAAUGUAAAUAUAUAAGGUAAACAUGUACUGGAGGCUAGCGGCUACACAGCACCUGAGCACACAAUAGCACACAAGCUAGAAAUGUUUUUUCAAAGAACUCGGAAAUGCAAUUUCAGUAGAAAUUUUGUGUGAACGCUGAAGAGCCAAAGCCGAAUUGAAAUGCUAACAGUUAGCACGUCGGCCAACAAAAAAUGGCAGCAAACUGAAUUAAAAGGGCUAGCAUGCUAACAGUACUGUGCUAACAGUGGCAUUGGCACUCAGCAUCAAGGGUUGGAAUUGGGGGUUAAUUCGCCAAAAUGAUUCCUGAGCGCGGCCACCGCUGCUUCUCACUGCUCCCCUCACCUUGCAUGGGGUGGAGCAAGGGUAUGGGUCAAAUGCAGAGGUUAAUUUCACCACACCUAGUAUGUGUGUGACUAUCAGUGGUACUUUUUAAUGUUUGCAGGUAGCGUUAGUGUAAUACCGAAAAAUAUGACACUGAGGUGUAUACCUUCUAAACUAGCUACAUAAUCGAGCAUGCUAAUUUCAGCAUGCUGAAAUGUUAAUUGUAACAAAAUAUAUUACUUUGAGGUGUGUACCUGUUGCUAAGGUUAGCACGCAUCAAGCACCAAAAUAGGAUUAAGGUGUAUGCAUACAAAAUUUGCUAAAAAAAUGUUUAAAAAAAAUAAACAGCAUACUAACGUUAGCAAUUGUCAAGUAACAAAAUAUUUGACGCUGAGGCGUAAAAUUAGCUAAAAAAAAAAAUCCAGCCUGCUAAUGUGCGCAUACUAAAAUGCUAACUGUAACAUGCGCCAAGUCCCAAAAUAUUUUACUUUAAGGCCGUGGUCCCCAACCACCGGGCUGCGGCCGGUUACCGGUCCGUGGAUCGAUUGGUACCGGGGCGCACAAGAAAUUUAAAAAAAAUGUUUUUUUAAUUAUUUUUAUUUUUAUUAUUUUUAUUAAAUCAACAUAAAAAACACAAGAUACACUUACAAUUAGUGCACUAACCCAAAAACCUCCCUCCCCCAUUUACACUCAUUCACACUCAUUCACACAAAAGGGUUGUUUCUUUCUGUUUUUUAAUAUUUAUGGUUCCUACAUUAUAUAUCAAUAUAGUUCAAUACAGUCUGCAGGGAUACAGUCCGUAAGAACACAUGAUUGUAUUUCUUUAUGACCCAAAAAUAAAUAAAUAAAAUAAAAUACCAACCCCCCCCCCC